UUUGCCGAGGGGAUGUGAUUUUUAACUGUGCUGCCUUUAUCUUUAGUCAUGUCUGGUCGCGGAAAGCAGGGAGGCAAGGCCCGCGCAAAGGCCAAGUCGCGCUCGUCCCGCGCAGGCUUGCAGUUCCCGGUAGGGCGGGUGCACCGUCUGCUGCGCAAGGGCAACUACGCUGAGCGCGUGGGGGCCGGCGCGCCCGUCUAUAUGGCGGCGGUCCUGGAGUACCUGACCGCCGAAAUCCUGGAGCUGGCGGGUAAUGCGGCGCGAGACAACAAGAAAACGCGCAUCAUCCCUCGUCACCUGCAGCUGGCCAUCCGCAACGACGAAGAGCUGAACAAGCUAUUGGGCAAGGUCACCAUCGCCCAGGGCGGCGUUCUGCCCAACAUCCAGGCCGUUCUGUUACCAAAGAAAACCGAAAGCCAUAAGGCCAAAAGCAAAUAAAGCCUUACAAAGUAAACCAAAGAACAAAGGCUCUUUUUAGAGCCACCCAAGUUUUCAAAAAAAGAGCUAAUGCGCUAUUUUG